AUGUUAAAAUUGAUUGAUAAACUAUGCAACACUCUCAAAUUGCAAUUAGAACAAUGUUCUUUGACUAAUGUAUGGAUUUGAAAUUUAAAUUAGGAUAUUUUAGAAACCAACCUUGUGAGGUUUCUAAAAGAUUGUGUAAUUUACUUAUUUCAUAUUCCAAUAGAACAAGACAUUGAAUAAUAUUUUACAAUCUCGGAGAUCGAUAAAACCAUGCUCAACAUACAACAAUAUUUGAAUUCUAUCUCGAGGAAGAACCACUUUAGAAACAUAUUUAAGAAUGAAGGCUUUUAAUCAGGAGAAUAAAGUUCCAGUGAUGAAUUUGAUUCCAUUGUGCAAAAAAAGCCUAAAAUUCACAAAAUCUGUUCAUUAGAACAUAAACCAACUGAUAUUCCAGUUUCAGAAAAUGAUCUAACUCAGCUAAAUACUCUCCAACAGUUAUUAUAUGAAACUAACCUUAAAGUAACCAAAAGAGAUGAAUAAAUUUUGCAAAUGACCACAAACUAUUUAAAAGAUAUACAGCAUCUCAAAUUAAUGGUAAAUAUCCUCUUUUAUUUUAGUUUCUAAGGUAAUUGGAAAAUCCAGAUGCUGAAUUUUUUGAAGUUAAUUACUUCGAUAUCAAAUAGGCAUUAGAACCUGAAUUGUAGAACUAUAUUCAAGAUAAAUUUAAUUAGUUAUAGAAAUAAUGUUAAUAGACUGUCCAAAGAUAUAAAAUUGAAUUAACUGCUCUUAGUACCGAAUGUGAAUCCCACAAGAGGACUAUUUCAGUUCUCUUAUAAAAUAAUACACUCUAAUCCAUCAUUAAAAUGCUAUUUUUGAUAGAGAAGGAUCCAUAUAAGAUUUGGAAGCAAAUAUAGGAGUAGGUUGGCAAUAAAAUAAUUUUUCAGGUUUUUGAAAAUUAAAUUGGUGGAUAUGGAAUUAAUUAUAGGGAAAUAGAUGAACUUAUCUCCAAAAACUCAUCUGGAAGUAGAAUGUUCUAAAGAUUGAAAUAAUUAUAUGAGGAUUAACUAAAGAUUAUGAUAGAUGAGAACAUUCAAAUAAUAGACAAUCUGAAAUAAGAAAUAAAGAUCAAAGAUUAAACUAUUGAAGAACUCUAAGUAUCUCGUGAGGAAAGUGUAAAUAAAGUUUAUGAAUAAUAACUCGAACUCUUAUGGUAGAAAUUAAAAGAACAACAAUUAAAUCUAUCAUCAGAAUAUGAGAAGAAAUUAAAAAGUUAACAGAGAGAUUUGUCUGAUCCACAAUUGAUUAGAAAAAUUACUAUGAAGUCUACUUUUGCAAGAUGGAGAAAUUUCUCUAAAUUUUAUCAGCUUUUUGAAUAAGAAUUAGAUGAGGACAGCUUGUACGAAUUGAAAUAAAGAAUUAAUCAUUGUCUAAAAUAAGUAAAUGAUGAAUUUACUGUAAAAGAUUAUGAAAAAUUGAUUUAAAAUUAUUAGUAAGCUCAAUACAAUAUAAUAAAAAUUGAGUAAGAAAAGAGCGUGAUUGAAUAGAAGUACAAAUCCUAAUAAUUAGAAAUUUAAAAAUGUAAAAAUACAAUAUCAAUGUUAUCUUAAACUAUUCAAUCCUUAAAGUAGGAUUUGUAAAAUAGCGAAUCUACAGUUAAAUUAAUAACAAAACCCUUUUGCUCAAUUUUAUAAAAGUUAGGCUAUCCAUCUAAAUUAAAUUUAUUGGCUAUUUUAAAAAGCGGAAUUAAUUUAGACUUCCUACAAAAUGACGAUCCAGAAAUACAAUCUAGCUUAAUUACAUUCUUUUAAUUGACUAUUGCUUAGUAGAUUAUUCAUUAGAGUAAACUGAAAAGAGAGGCAGAAACAAUUACAGAGUUUUUCGAUGUAUCAUUAUUUUGGUAAUAUAGAUUAGAUAUGCUAUUUCCUAGGAGUUGAAUGAGGACAGCAACUUCUAAUACCAUCAAUCCCAGUCUCCAGAAGUACCCCUGAUAUAAUUGCAAAUCACUGACUUGGCAACCAGUCCGAAAGAUCAGGCAAAUUUCUCAAAUAUGGAAAAUAAAUUCCCUAUAAAAGGAACCCAAAAGACUUCCAAUUAUACAAAUUAAACUCCGAAAUCAAAUCGAGUUCAAAAUUACUCCCAAAUCAACACACCCAAGAUUAGCCAAAAAGAUAGAAAAAGUGAAAGUAUCGCAAUAAAGAGAGAUAAAAAGAGUUAAUAGUAAUUAAUAGAAACACCUUCGAAUGGAUUCUAAAAAUAGGUUGAGAAGGUUAGAAUAAAAGAACAUCUAAUGAUAUAAGAAAUUAAUUAUUAGGACUAAGGAAUUUAAGUUGAUAUGGAUUUUCAAUCAACUCGUUUUAAAAAUAGUCCAUAAGUGCAAUUUAGAGAUAUUGAACGGAGUUCUCCUUAAUAAGAUGUUUUAGUAAUUAUGAGGGAGGAUGGUGAUUCAAGAUCUUCUUCUGUGACAAAACACAGAAGCGUAAGUCAAAAUAAUAGGAAAUAACAGUUUAAUAUUCCAAAUUAAUUUAUCAAUAAUCAAAACCUAACUUUGUAUUAAGCAUCUAAAUAGAAAGCGUAAAAUAGGACAAUUUACUCAGAGUAACAUCAAAUUUAAUAAAAUUUAAAUUUAGGACUUAGCCUUUUACCUACUAGUCCAUUUUAGUUUUAUUAGGAAUUGUUUAAAGAGAAGUAAAAAUUAUAAAUGAAGAAUUACACAAUUAUAAAGAAUUAGGGAAUUCAGAUAUAGAAUAUCAAUAAACGAAAACUUGAACCAAGCAUUGAAGGGAAACACUUACAAAUUCCAAGUUAUUUAAAAUGA